AUGCGGUCUAAAGAUCGAGUAUUAGAUAAAACGCCUUGUCAGCUUUCUGAUGUGCCACAUUGGUCUUUUGAUGGCAGUUCAACAGGUCAGGCGAAAACUCAGGAUUCUGAUACAAUGCUGAUUCCAUCCGCGGUCUAUUGUGAUCCAUUUCGAAAAAGUCCACAUAUUUUAGUUCUGUGUGAAACUUAUUACGGUGAUGGAAAUCCCACUGCGACCAAUCAUAGAGCAAAUUGCGCAAAAAUUCUCAGUAAAAUCUCCGAUCUAGAGCCGUGGUUUGGUAUAGAACAAGAAUACACAAUGUUCGAUAGCAACAUGUGGCCUAUUGGUUGGCCGAGCAGAGGCUAUCCAGCGACAAAAUCUUUAUACUCAUACUGCGGAAUAGGAGAACACGUUGCUGGAAGAGAAAUUGUAGAAUGUCACGCGAGAGCUUGUCUUUAUGCUGGAAUGGAUUAUGGUGGCUCCAAUGCAGAAGUCAUGAAAGGAUCGUGGGAGUAUCAAGUGGGCACAACAUUGGGCAUUAAGGCAGCUGAUGAUUUAUGGCUCGGUCGCUACUUGUUAAACAGAAUUGCUGAGCAUUUUGGAAUCAUAAUUAGCUAUCACCCAAAACCAAUGGGAAAAGAUCAGCCUGGAAUCGGAUGUCAUCAUAAUUUUAGUGUAAAAAAAAUGCGUCUCGAUGGCGGUCUAGGUGAAAUAGAAAAAGUAUGUAACAUUUUAUGUGAACGACAUCCUACAUUAAUGAAACACUAUGGCCUGAUGGAUGGGGAGGAGAACCGAAAGAGAUUGACUGGAAAAUUUGAAACGGCUUCCUUUGAUACCUGUAGAUGGGCUAUUGCUGAUCGCGGAGCCUCUGUUAGAUUACAAAGAAGUGUAGUAUCGAACAAAAAAGGCUUUUUAGAAGAUAGAAGACCUGCAGGCGAUUGCGAUCCCUAUAGAGUAUGCGCUCUUAUUGCAGAAACAUGUGUAUAG